UAAGGGCCUUGUUUUGCCAGAAUGUAUCAAAUUUAAUUCAAGCGAAAUGUUAGCUUUUGAUUUUGUUACAACCACAACUAGAAUAGGAAUUCUGUGUAUUUUUUUUCAUUUGACAGGAGCAGCACGCAAAUGGGACUACGAGCCUCUAUUAUUACCCACAACCUCUUCGGAUGAAAGCAAGCUAAAAUUUGAAGCUAAAAUCGAACGUCUGGGACGUUCAGAUUACGGACUUUCAGGCAUCAUAGAGUGGAAAUAUGACACGAACGAGGAAACAAUGGUUGAGGCACAAGCAUAUCGCAGCAAUUCGGGCGACGAGAGUGAUUACAAGCUGCUACCCUGGGCAAUCCCCAAACAGCCCUUCUAUGAUUACCUCAACACAUACUAUAAGGAUGUGAUCUUAAAAAACCUGGGCUACUGCCCCAAUCUUCCCAAAUGAUGGCCAAAGAACACCUAUAAGCUCGACAAGUGCAAAAUCGAUGGUGAUGGACUGCCGGAAAUCGCUCCGCCCGGAUUCUACAAGAUCGUAUUCACUAAAUUUGAGCCAACUUGGGGUUUCACAGCCGUUUUUAAGCUAACUAACAAAAUUCUAGAUAUGUUAAUAUUUAAGAUCCUUAUUUUUUGUAAUCUUAUAAAUAAAUCCAAAUAAAUAUACUUUUCAAAAUGGAA